AUGGCGCUGGACACCACCUCGAUGUUUGAUGACUCUAAAGGUAUAGACGUUCUCCUUAAUGUGACAGAUUCAACUCCAGUUGUCUCGAUUUACCCGAAGCGACCCGACACUACAUAUUGGAUGUCUAAUGUGAUUACUGUUAUAAUAGGCCUGGUGGGGAAUUCACUAGUGUUUCUCUUAAUGAGAGAUGCCAAGUUCUCCUUGCUAUCUUACCCAAUCUAUUUGAGAGUUCUUUCCGUGUCUGAUAGCGCUGUCCUAAUACUGUUUUGUUUACAUCAAUCUUUGAGAUUCUUCCACUCAUUUCAUAUUAUCGGGGACCACGAGAUCGGCUGCCGAGUAUGGAUGUUCAUGAGGUACACAGUGAUGACGCUCUCUCCGUGGCUGGUCGUCGGGUUGACCGUCGAUCGGUUCGUCUGUGUUGUCUUCCCGUUAACACGGAAUCGAUUCUGCACUCCGAGAAAAGCAAAGAUCGUCUGCUCAUGCCUGAUUGCAUUUUCGAUACUCAUCACGCUACCACUGUUGGAAGGCGUAAAGACUGUAGACAACUCUAACUUGUGUUUCAUAGAAGACCACCUCAUGGUUUACUUUGCUUUUAUCCGUUUAGUUGCCACUUCUAAUCUUCCGUGUUUCCUGAUCCUUGUUCUGAACAUUGUGAUUGGAAUCCACAUCCAACGCAGCGCCACUUUCAGAAAGAGAUUCACCUCAUCAACCAGCUCUGGCUCCACGGAAACCAAGCUGGACAAGUCACUUCGUCCUCUCAUGUUGAUCUCGAUAUUGGCUUUCGUGACUCUCCUGCCUUCUUCUACUGCAGACAGCGUUAUUUUGAUUCUAGUCGUCUCUAAAGCAGGUUUUAACGAACUGUCCCUUUUGAUGAAAUUGUGGCCGCUGUUUAAUAUCUUAUACCUGUUGAACUUUGGACAGAAUUUUUACAUCCUAAUGGUCAGUUCCGUAAAGUAUAGGAAUAUAAUGAAGAGGAAGCUGAAAUGUCACAACGUCUAUGGACGAAAUGAUGACACUGUCAGGACAAUGUCAUUCCAGGUUUCUGAAUUUGCUGAUUUCAGGACAAAUAUAACAGAAACGAGCAUGGCAAAUAUAACAGAAUCGAACACUGCAAAUACUAGUAUAACAGAACCGAGCACCGCAAAUAUGACAGAACCGAACACUGCAAAUAUAACAGAAUCGAAUACUGCAAAUACAAUAGAAUGGAGUACUGAACUGUCAGUUGCCUCCCCUACUAUGCGAUCUGAUGAUAAUGGUUCAUCCGAGUUUCCAUAUGAUAGUAAUUAA